CCUCCUGGUGUCAGAAGGCAGCAAAAAUGAAAAGCAUUUACUUUGUGGCUGGAUUGCUUGUAAUGCUGGUCCAAGGCAGCUGGCAACGUUCGCUUCAGGACACAGAGGAGAAAUCCAGAUCAUUCCCAGCUUCCCAGACCGACCCGCUCAAUGAUCCAGAUCAGAUGAAUGAAGACAAGCGCCACUCGCAGGGCACGUUCACCAGUGACUACAGCAAGUAUCUGGACUCCAGGCGUGCCCAGGAUUUUGUUCAGUGGUUGAUGAACACCAAGAGGAAUAAGAAUAACAUUGCCAAACGUCAUGAUGAAUUUGAGAGACAUGCUGAAGGGACCUUUACCAGUGAUGUAAGUUCUUAUCUGGAAGGCCAAGCUGCCAAGGAAUUCAUUGCUUGGCUGGUGAAAGGCCGAGGAAGGCGAGAUUUCCCAGAAGAAGUCACCAUCGUUGAAGAACUCCGCCGCAGACACGCCGAUGGCUCUUUCUCUGAUGAGAUGAGCACAGUUCUCGAUAAUCUUGCCACUCGAGACUUUAUAAACUGGUUGCUUCAGACAAAAAUUACUGACAGGUGA